UCACUGUAACGUUCCACUACAUACAGGGAUCGUAAAUACAUGCUGUCUUGUCGAAAUUCUAACCUUACAAAUUUACUACAUUUAUUACGAGUUCUAACCACUUUUCCCAGCUUCCAAUUUGUUUAUAAUGGCUGAAAGUUUAUCAGAUAAAAUCGCAACCCUUUUAAGUGCGGCGCCUACAAGUUUUGAUCCCGAAGAUGAUGUUAAUGAGGAAACUACUGCAAGGGUAGAAAGUCAAUAUGCAUCAGAUGAUGACAACAAUUUAUCCCAGAAUCUGAGUCAAUUUCGUAAACAAAACGUUGAGUUGCUCGAAGAGGUUGAUAAACGGUACGAAGGGAAACGAGCGAGUAGAAAGAAACUUACACAGUACGAUGAGUGGGAAUCUAAAAGCGAGGAUGGUAAAUCCUCUGAGGAAACUGAGGACAGUGGUGACGAAGAAUCCGCUGGUGAAGAAAGUGAUGCUACGGAAGAGUAUGAUGAUGAAGUGUACGGCGAAGAUAGUGGCACUGCAAACAUUUUUAAGAAUGCAGAGACGGUUUCGACAAAUAAAAGUACUUGCGUUAGACAACAGCUCAAUACUUGGGAAAGUUUUCUAGAAAUGCGCAUUCAAUUGCAAAAGUGCUUAAUAGUGGCGAACAAACUGCCACAGGGCGCCAACUUUGAGCAACUGAAAAAUGAUGCAGAUUUCGAUGUUGAGUCGAGAAAAGCCGUUGGUACAGUUAAAAAUUUAUUAGACAAACUUCUAGAAUUGCAAAUGUUGCUGUUAAAAAAUUAUCCAGAGACAAAGAAACUGUUCUUGAAACCAGAGGUUAAAAACAAAAGUGAAAGUGAUGAAGAAAUUCCCAGUGAUACAGAUGAAGAAGAGUUAUCUGAAGUGCCUUGUAGAAAGAGAAUGAAGACAGACGAGUAUAGUGCCGAAUUAACCAACAGGAGUGAUUUGUACUAUAAUUAUCGCAACUCUGUCUUGCAAAAGUGGCAUGACAAGACACAAAUUGGUGUAAACAAAUCGGGUAAUGUGGUUCAUUCGGUUACCGAACAGAUCAAACAUAUUUUAACCAGUAAGGAAAAGUUGAUUAAAGCAACACAGUUAAAGAGAACCGACUAUGACAUAUUAGGUGAACAUUCUGAUAAAAUUGCAGAAAGUUCAGUAGAUGUGUACAAUACAAAUAUAUUUGAUGAUACCGAUUUUUAUCAUCAUCUAUUAAGGGAACUGAUUGAAUUUAAAUCGUCCGAUUUGACUGACCCUGUGAAAUUAGGCAGGCAAUGGAUGCAACUGCAAAGUUUAAGAAGCAAAAUGAAGAAAAAGGUUGACACUAAGGCAACAAAGGGUAGAAAAAUUCGAUAUGUUGUACAUUCAAAGUUGGUGAACUUUAUGGCGCCCGUUGAAGAUCUCACUUGGCAGGAAAGUGCAAAAAAUGAACUUUACGGUUCGCUGUUUGGAAAAAAUCAAUCAGGCAGCAAGAUUUCAAGUUGAUAAUAGUAUUAAUACUCAAUUUUUUUGUGACGCAUUUAGAAAGAGGUGGUAUUUUAUAGUGCUAUCAAUCAACUUUUUGAUUCUAAGGCUAAUUGUUGAGAUCAAUUGUGGUAUUUUGAAUUAUGUUUGUAAAUAUAAUUUAUUUGAAAAUACUGAAA